AUGGAUCAAUACAUCCCGUGGGAGUACACACUGACCUCCACCACGGGGCAAUGUCCUUCCAAGGCUCGAGUCCUCGGCACCUACGCCGUCACCGCCGCCAUCAUCAGCGCCCUAUGCCUCCUCGUCGGCCACCGCCGCAUCGCAAGAUGGAUCACCUGCAACUGGCUCGGACACCCAGACAGCCGAGCUUGGCGAUGGACGUGGGUCUUCCCACUUGGACUCUCACUGGCUGCGGCGGCCAUCAACGUUGCCAUUAUAGUACAGCACGAGGACCGCGACAGCGAUUAUCCUCGACACUCGCUCUUCUUCCUACAGCUUACCCUUCCAAGGAUGUCCUUCUUUUGUCUUCUCAUCGUAUUCUGUAUUCAGCUACUCCACAGGAGACAUGAACAGACUAGGCAAAUCCAUGAAGGUCAAGAUGAAAACGCAGUUAAGAAAGGCUUGGUCUCCCAAGUGGACCACGGUUCAGCAGCAGCAAGCGCCUUGAUCGCCGAGCUCCUCAUCCAACUCCCUCUCUUGUCCUACCUAGGCAAGAUCGGCUACUUUGCUUUCAGCAACGGGUAUUUACCCACUGACUCAAACUACCCUCAAGUUCCCACGGCGGCGAGGAUGAUGCACGGUGCUGCUCUCUACCACCUCGGAAGCAGCUGCGUCGCCCUCCUCGUCUUGAUUGUGUAUUGCACGGGUCUUUUUCCGUCGUUUAGGCCCUCUCAACACCGUCACAUAAAGUAUCUCAUGUGCGUGUGCGUCAUCCUGGGAAUGUUUACUUUCUGUGCCGAUUGGAUUUUCUGGGCUGGGUUUUUGGAACUGGCUGGAGAUACAUACUGUGUACCCGAGCUUGAGUUGCAAGCUGGAAUCCGGAUUGUUCUGUCAGCACUUGGUGCUUUCUUUGGAGGAGCUAUCUAG